GCAACUCCAUCGCAGGUGCAGCACCUUGCCUUCCACGUUUCUAUACCCUGCUGGCCCCGACCCUCUCUGUCCCCUCUGCCCCGACACGACACGACAGCAGCUGCACCGGCUCACACUCACCGACCAACUCCGCCGCCACAAUGUCUCAACGUAUCCACCUCAACCCGAACCGCGGUCAGGCGCCCUUCAACCAGGGCUACACGCCUGAUCCCAUUGCGACGCCUGGGUCCAGGUCGACUGGUCCCCGCUCGGAGAACGAGAUCGUCGCCCAGAUCCAGGAGGUGUCGAGCAAGAUCGAGGACGCGAUCGAGCAGUACACCCAGCCUAUCCGGCCGUACAUCCCCGCCCUUGCGCGUUUCCUCAUUGUUGUGACCUUCCUCGAGGAUGCCCUCCGCAUCCUCACCCAGUGGUCGGACCAGCUGUGGUACAUUCAGAAGCACCGCGGUAUCCCCUGGGGUCUCGCGCACCUGUUCCUCCUGAUCAACGUCAUUGCCAUGGUCGCGGGCUCGUACGGUGUCAUUGCCAAGCGCUUCCCCGAGUUUGCGGUCCUCGCCCUCCUCGGCGUUGUCGUCCUCCAGGGUCUCGGCUACGGUCUCCUGUUUGACCUGUCCUUCUUCCUUCGCAACCUCAGCGUCAUCGGCGGCCUCCUCAUGGUCCUUUCCGACUCGCUCCAGAGCAAGAAGAAGCUGUUUGCUGGUCUCCCCUCGAUCUCGGAGAACGACCGCCGCAAGUACUUCCAGCUCGCCGGCCGUGUCCUCCUCGUCUUCCUGUUCAUCGGCUUCAUCGUCCAGGGCAACUGGACCACGGCCCGUGUCAUCGUCUCCAUCUUUGGUUUCAUCGCCUGUGUCAUGGUCGCCGUCGGCUUCAAGGCCAAGUGGAGCGCCUCGUUCCUCGUCACCCUGCUGAGCGUCUUCAACGUCCUCAUCAACAACUUCUGGAGCGUCCACUCGGCUCACCCCCAGCGUGACUUCCUCAAGUACGACUUCUUCCAGACCCUGUCCAUUGUCGGCGGCCUCCUCCUGCUCGUCAACAUGGGCCCUGGCGGCUUCUCGGUCGACGAGAAGAAGAAGGUCUACUAAGUCCUUUGACCGACGACGACGCGGGACUGGUCUCCUCAUGCAGAUCUCGCCACCUCCAAAACCACCAUCGCAGAAUGCAUAUGCUAUUGAAACA